UCAAAAAUGGACCCGAUAACUUUAACAGCGGGGUAGGAAGAGAGAGAAAAAAGCAAGUCUGGCAGCGGUCGAUAUUAAAAACAUGCAGAGGGAGACAAGCUCGGGGCCUUCCAGAGUCAGGAAAAAGACUUCGGAGAGCUGCGGACAGGAGAUGGGUAUGGCAUUUCUAUUCUCCCUCUGCCCAUUGAUUUGUAUAUGAAAACAUAGCGCUUUUUAUUCUCCCCCCUUCUGGGCUCUCCGCUUCUGAGUGAUCAGCUGAUGAAGAGACUAGCAGCUCGCCGCUAUGCUGGCUUGCUAAUUCUCUCCCCCACAGCUGCAGCCGAUCCUGAUAACCAGCCUGCAGAUUGCACUCAGCCCGAGUCCCGAGAGAACGGUUCCCUGGAGGAGAUGGAAGAGGACAUCGGUCUGAAAAAGCGUAAAAGCGAUCAGCCCGGGGAGAAAGAGCUGCGGGGCACGCAGGAGACGGGUGAAAAGGUGAAGAGGAAGCGAGGACGCCCGCCGGCUGAGAAGCUGCCUCCAAAUCCACCUGAGCUCACCAGAACGCUGAGCACGCUGGUCGAUAUGGUCAUCAACUACAAGGACGGCGUGGGUCGACAGAUCAGUAAGGGCUUUGUGCAGCUUCCCUCCAAGAAGGAGGUACCCGAGUACUACGAGCUGAUCCGGAAACCUGUGGACUUCAGGAGGAUCAGGGAACGUGUUCGCAAUCACAAGUACAGAAGUGUGGGCGAUCUGGAGAAGGAUAUUUUCCUCCUUUGUCACAACGCGCAGACCUACAACCUGGAGGGAUCUCAGAUCUAUGAGGAUUCAAUCGUCAUUAAGUCUGUGUUUGAGAGCGCGAGGCAGAGAAUCGUCACCGACGAGGGACAGAAAGGAAAUGUC